AUGUCUUCUGUGGUUAUGCAACAUCACGAAGGUGAUGGUGGGGCAAAUCCUCCUCCAGAUACAACGCAGAUACAGGCUGAUUGUGAGAGAGUGACGACUAAAACGAAAAGGCGCGACAUCAACAAGGGGUUUUCAACUCGAGAAGCUAGAGUUGCAUUAGGUAGACCACUACCACUGGAGUGGGAUGUUCGAGGGAAGACUUACAAAGAAAUUGGUGAUUAUUCCCAACAUUUCUCUAGAGAGAUCGGCAUUCUCAUUCGACAAUAUGCCGAUCCCGACUACAACCGAUGGGAUAAAGUACCCAGCGAAGUUAGAGAUCGCAUACUUCCUCGUCUAGAGCUAAUUUAUUUUAUUUUUUUGAUUCAGGAUAAUUUAUUCGACAUUGGUCGAAGUCGAUAUGCCUCAGAGAACCUCCCCGACAUUCUUUUGGGCAUUCAACGGUCGUGCGCUGAUCAUUACUCGGAGUGGAAGAAUGACUUGUCCACUCAUUUAAAAAAGAAUGGUCGAGCACAUCCUCCUGAUGGUUUGGUGGUGGAGAAAUGGCAGAAGGCGCUCCAGUAUUUUGAUCUCCCUGAAGUGAAGAGGCGUUCUGAGACUAACUCUGCGAACCGUGCAAAACAAAAACAGAGAAGCGUGCAGGGUUCACAGUCUACGCCAGCCCUUCGUUACAAGAAGCGUGAUUUACAAACUGGGUGUCUUGCUGGGGUUCCAGAGAUUUGGAUGGCGACUAAGUACAUAGACAGGGAAGGUUGGGUGAGCAAGGCAGCAAAGGAUAACUAUGAAAAGAUGAUGGAGAUACGUGACACUCUGCAGUCACAAUCAUCUACGAGCGCCUCUGCUUCGAGUACUAUCUCGAGAGAAGAGGAUGACAUUAUUCUUGUUGAGACGAUCUUUGGACGUCGUCGAGGCUAUCAGCCAGGCCUUGGUCGUAGGAUUCGCACGAGGGCGAAUUGUGAAGCGGCUGAUGUACCUCAACCAGCCCAACCAACUCCUACCGCACAAGACAUGCAAGAGGUGAGGGAGUGACUCCGAGCCAUAGAGAAGCACUUGGCUAAGAUUGGUGGAGUCUCGGGAUCUGGAUCUUCUCAGCAAGGUCAUGGUGCCGAUCUUACAAUACCUAGUUAAAAACAUUUAUAUUUAUGUAUUUUAA